AUGGUAGCUCCCACUAAGAGAAAGAGAGAUGAAGAAUUUCCACUUUCGAGGGAGGAUAACACAAAGCAACCCUCCACUUCAUCAUUGGUAAGGAACACCGAAGAAGUAUCCUUUCCAAGAGGUGGAGCUUCUGCUUUGACUCCUUUAGAAUUGAAGCAAGUCGCUAACGAAGCUGCAAAUGAUGUGUUAUUUGGUAAUGAAAAUGCCAAGGCCUCUGAACCCUCAAGUAGACCAUUGAAGAAGAAGAAAGCUACAAGGAAAACCGCUACUAAGGAUUCCAAAGCCUCAUCAACAACCUCUGAUGAGGCAAAUGUCGGUCUAAUUGAACAUGUCAAUUUUAAGAUUUUGAAGAAUGGCUCUUCUUUAUUAGGUCAAAUAUCCGGUAUCACUAAACAAGAUUUAUGUAUAACAUUCACCGACGGUGUCUCCGGUUAUGUAAAUCUAACACACAUCUCAGAAGUUUUCACCUCGAUCUUGGAAGAUCUCGAUGAGGACAUGGAUAGCGAUGCUGAAGCUGCUAACGAGAAGAAGCCAAAAGAUGGUGAUGCCGAAUACGAAUCAUCCGAUGAUGAAUAUAAAAAAAAUGACAAGUCUAAUGAGCUACCUAAUUUGAGGAGGUACUUCCACAUUGGUCAAUGGCUAAGAUGCUCUAUUAUUAAGAACACCUCUUUGGAACCACCAACCAAAAAAUCCAAAAAAAAGAGAAUAGAGUUGACCAUCGAACCUUCAUUCGUAAACAAGUACGCCGAUGAGGAUUUGGUGAGGUCCACCUCUAUUCAAUGUGCCGUUAAGUCUAUUGAAGACCAUGGUGCUGUCUUAGACGUGGGGCUCCCAGAUUUUACAGGGUUCAUUGCUAAAAAAGAUAUUGCUAAUUUCGAGAAUUUAUUACCGGGAGCUGUAUUUUUAGGUAAUAUUACUAAGAAACUUGACGGAUCAAUCGUAGUAAAUACAGACUUCUCGGACAAAAAAAAUAAAAUUACCCAGAUUUCUUCAAUUGAUGCCGUUAUCCCUGGUCAAAUUGUCGACCUAUUGUGUGAAGCUAUCACUAAAAAUGGUAUUUCCGGUAAAGCUUUUGGGUUAAUUUCCGGAGUAAUUAACGUUUCACAUUUAAGAACAUUUUCCGAGGAAGAUUUAAAGCAUAAGUUUGCUAUUGGUUCUAGUAUUAGAUGCCGAAUCAUUGCUUGCUUAGAAAAUAAAAACGGUGACAAGGUCUUGAUAUUGUCAAACCUUCCACAUGUCUUGAGGCUAGAAGAUUCUUUGAAAUCUAUCGAAGGUCUCGAUGCGUUCCCUAUCGGUUACACAUUUGAAUCAUGCACCGUUAAGGGUCGUGAUUCCGAAUAUUUAUACUUGGCAUUGAAUGAUGAUAGAUUAGGUAAAGUGCACUCUUCCAGAGUGGGGGAAAUCGAAAAUUCAGAAAGGCUAAGUUCCAGAGUUCUUGGCUACAGUCCUGUUGAUGAUAUUUACCAAUUAUCCACAGAUCCAAAAUUCUUGAAGUUAAAGUACCUAAGAACGAAUGAUAUUCCGAUCGGUGAAUUAAUACCAAACUGUGAAAUUACCUCCGUCUCUAGUUCGGGUAUUGAACUGAAGAUAUUUAAUGACCAAUUUAAAGCUACAGUUCUACCAUUGCAUAUCUCAGACACCAGGCUUGUUUAUCCAGAAAGAAAGUUCAAGAUAGGUUCUAAGGUCAAAGGUAGAAUUUUAUCAGUUAAUCCAAGGGGUAAUGUGCAUAUCACUUUGAAAAAAUCACUAGUUAACAUCGAAGAUGACGAAUCACCACUAGUUACCAGUUAUGAAGAUGCCAGAGAAAUCAAAGAGAAGAAUGAAAAAACUUUAGCAACAGUUCAAGUUUUCAAACCAAAUGGUUGUGUUGUUUCUUUUUUCGGUGGUCUAUCGGGCUUCUUACCCAAUUCUGAGAUUUCAGAAGUCUUUGUGAAGAAGCCAGAAGAACAUCUAAGACUGGGUCAAACAGUAGUAGUAAAGCUUCUUGACGUCGAUGCUGAUAGGAGAAGAAUCAUUGCUACCUGCAAAGUUUCAAACGAGCAAGCCACUCAGCAAAAGGAUACCAUCGAAAAUAUUGUUCCUGGUAGAACACUUAUCAGUGUCAAUGUCAUUGAAAAGACUAAAGAUUCUGUUGUUGUUGAAAUUGCAGAUGUCGGCCUACGCGGUGUCAUCUACGUAGGCCAUCUUUCUGAUGCCAGAAUUGAACAAAAUAGAGCUCAAUUGAAGAAGAUCAAGAUUGGUACCGAAUUAAUGGGAUUGAUAAUUGACAAGGAUACGAGAACUCGGGUGUUCAAUAUGACUAUGAAGAAUUCUUUAAUCAAGGACGCUAAAAAAGAAAUUCUUCCAUUGACUUAUGACGGCAUCAAAAAUAUGAAGAAAGAUGUUCCAAUGCAUGCUUACAUAAAAUCCAUAUCUAAUAAAGGUCUAUUCGUCGCAUUCAACGGUAAGUUCAUCGGCUUAGUUUUACCAAGUUACGCAGUUGAUAGUAGAGAUAUCGAUAUUAGUAAGACAUUUUAUAUCAACCAAUCUGUUACCGUCUAUUUGCUAAGAACGGACGACCAAAACCAGAAAUUCUUAUUAUCAUUGAAAGCUCCCAAGGUCAAGGAAGAAAAGAAACAGGUUGAGUCCGACAUCGAAGAUCCAAUUGAUUCAUCCAUCAAAAGUUGGGAUGACCUAUCCAUUGGUAGUAUUGUUAAAGCAAAAAUCAAGAGUGUCAAAAAGAAUCAAUUGAACGUCAUUUUAGCUGCAAACCUGCACGGAAGAGUUGACAUUGCUGAAGUAUUUGAUACAUAUGAAGAAAUUAAAGAUAAAAAACAACCUUUGAGUCAUUACAAGAAGGAUGAUGUUAUCCAGGUGAAAAUCAUAGGUAACCACGAUGUUAAAAGCCAUAAAUUUCUGCCAAUAACUCACAAAAUCUCAAAGGCCAGCAUUUUGGAAUUAUCCAUGAAACCAUCUGAAUUGAGAUCUAAGGAUGUUCACACAAAAACUCUUGAGAAAGUUGAAGUUUGUGAAGAAUUAACCGGUUUUGUCAACAACUCGUCGGCCAACCAUCUCUGGUUAACAAUUUCUCCAGUUUUGAAGGCGAGAAUUUCUCUUUUAGAUUUAGCUGAAAAUGAUGUCAACUUCUCUGAAAAUAUUGAAUCCGUUUUCCCAUUAGGUUCAGCUCUCCAAGUGAAGGUUGCUUCUAUUGAUCGCGAACAUGGCUUUGUCAAUGCUAUUGGAAAAGCUCAUGUAGAUGUUGAUAUUUCUACAAUAAAGGUUGGUGAUGAAUUGCCGGGUCGUGUCUUGAAAAUAGCUGAAAAAUAUGUUCUAUUAGACCUUGGUAACAAGGUGACUGGUAUCUCCUUCAUCACUGAUGCAUUAAACGACUUCUCGGUGUCAUUAAAUGAGGCUUUCCAAGACAAGAUCAACAAUGUCAUUCCAACUACAGUUUUGGCGGUUGAUGUUGAGAACAAGAAAAUUGAGUUAUCCCUGCGUUCUGUUGAUUCUAAAUCUCGUUCGAUCAAAUCUCACGAAGACUUGAAACAAGGUGAUAUCGUAGAUGGUAUUAUCAAUAAUGUGAGUGACAAAGGUAUCUUUGUUUAUUUAAGCAAGAAGAUGGAGGCUUUUGUUCCUGUUAGUAAGCUAUCUGAUUCUUACUUGAAGGAGUGGAAGAAAUUUUACAAACCAAUGCAAUACGUCGUAGGUAAAGUUGUCACUUGUAGUGAAGAUUCUCGUAUUUCUCUGACUCUAAGAGAGUCCGAAGUAAAUGGUGAUUUGAAGAUGUUAAAGAGCUAUUCGGAUAUUAAAGCUGGUGAUAUUUUCGAUGGUACUGUAAAGAAUGUCACCGAUUUCGGUGUCUUUGUCAAAUUGGAUAGCACAGUUAAUGCUACUGGGUUGGCACAUAUCACUGAAAUCGCAGACAAAAAGCCCGAAGAUCUUUCUACCCUAUUUGGCGUAGGUGACAGGGUAAAAGCUAUUGUUUUGAAAACAAAUCCAGAAAAAAAACAAAUUUCUCUGAGCUUAAAGGCCUCUCAUUUUUCCAAAGAGACUGAAUUGUCUUCCACUACUGCGGGCCAAACGGAAAAUGGAGAUGAAGAUGAGGUCAUGGCUGACGUUGACUUCAACGACUCCGACAAUGAGUCUGACGCUGAAGACGGAAGCCUCAAAACGACAGAUAAAAAGGCUGAAAUAUCCCCAGAUGGGUUAUCUUUGAGUGCUGGGUUUGAUUGGACUGCUUCCAUUUUGGACCAAGCACAAGAAGAGGAAGAGUCUGAGGAAGACCAAGAAGAUUUUACUCAAGGCAAGAAGCACAAACACAAGAGAAGAAAGGAAAGGAUUGUCCAGGAUAAGACUAUUGAUAUCAAUACUAGGGCACCUGAAUCUGUUGCAGAUUUUGAACGUUUGAUCAUCGGAAAUCCAAAUUCUUCCGUCAUAUGGAUGAACUAUAUGGCUUUUCAAUUGCAACUAAGUGAAAUUGAGAAAGCGCGAGAACUCGCAGGACGUGCAUUGAAAACUAUCAACUUUAGAGAAGAAGCCGAGAAGUUGAAUAUUUGGAUCGCAAUGCUGAAUUUGGAGAAUACGUUCGGUACUGAAGAAACCUUAGAAGACGUCUUUAUGAAGGCUUGUCAAUAUAUGGACUCUUACACUAUUCACACAAAGUUACUUGGUAUUUAUGAAAUGAGUGGAAAGUUCAAUAAAGCUGCAAACUUAUUCAACGCUACUGCCAAGAAAUUCGGUAGUGAAAAGGUCACCAUCUGGGUAUCAUGGGGCGAUUUCUUGAUAACUCACAACGAAGAGCAAGAGGCACGUACAAUUCUCGGUAAUGCGUUGAGGGCUUUACCAAAACGUAGUCAUAUCGAAGUUGUCCGUAAGUUUGCCCAAUUAGAAUUUGCCAAGGGCGAUCCAGAAAGAGGUCGUUCAUUAUUUGAAGGUUUGGUUGCUGAUGCACCAAAAAGGAUUGACUUGUGGAAUGUCUACGUGGACCAAGAAGUGAAAACGAAGGACAAAAAGAAGGUUGAAGAUUUGUUUGAAAGAAUAAUAACCAAAAAAAUGACAAGAAAGCAGGCGAAGUUUUUCUUCAAUAAAUGGUUGAAAUUUGAAGAAUCUCAAGGUGACGAAAAGACCGUUGAAUACGUUAAAGCCAAAGCCACUGAAUAUGUCGCUAGCCAUGAGGCACCAAAGGCAGAUGAAUGA